CGGACCUAACAGCUUUGCUUGUCCGAUGAUUACUUACCAUUUUUGAUGUUUUCUUCGGAAUAAUUUGGAGCUGUGGAUUCCGGAAGCGAUGGCAAUGCCAAUAUCAGAACGAGGCUGCAAUGAAUCGUGGGUAACCUCUAGAUCCAUGCCUGAAUCGUGGGAAUUCCCGAACAACAUAUUGCUAUCGUUUCUCCCUUUAUAAAAGCGAUUAUACAUAAUUAUUGAAGCUAGAUAGAUAGUCCACAGGCUCAACAAUUGGGAUCUGUUGCAAGUAAGGUUGGAACACGCCCCAGAAAGGCGAACAAGGGCGUUGAAAUUAGAGUAAAAAUUCAACAUGGCGGCAAGUGCCUCAAAGAAGAAGCAGAAGGGAAAGGGGAAGGUGAUGUCACUAAAUGACUUUCUAGGAGACAGUGCCCCACCUACACAUUUACCAGCUAAAUCAUCCAGUGAUAACUGGGCAGACCAGAUGGAAGAGGAUGAUGUAGAUACUAUCAGUGAUUAUGGUUAUGGUAGUGCCCAAAGAGUAAAUAGAGCAGCUCUUCCAACAGCCCCCAGAGCUGCCAGGGGAUGUGAUAUAGAUCCAGCAAGACUCCCCUCUGGUCCUCCCUACACAGCAUACAUGGGCAACUUACCUUAUGAUGUAGAUGAAAAGAAAAUUAGGACUUUUUUCGAAGGACUGAAGAUUGUCAAUGUGCGCAUCCCAAAUGAAGGAGGACGUCCCAAAGGCUUUGGUUAUACAGAGUUUGAAGAUAAAGAGAGCCUCAUCAAUGCACUCUCUUUAAAUGAAGAGAACUUACUUGGGAGAAAAAUAAGAGUGGAUUUGGCUGAGCAGAACCAAAAAGAUGGAGAAAUGCGGAGAGAUGGUGACAGACGAGGUGGAGGUAGAGACAGAGAUCAGCAAGACAGAGGUGACCCAGAUAGGGCAGAGGGGGACUGGAGGAGUAACAGAGUUCCUGUAGAACAACCCGUCAUCGGCGGUGGCUCACGAGACAGAGGAGGCUUUGACAGAAGUGACAGAGAUGGAUACAAUAGGGGAGGCUUUGAUAGAGAUGAUAGAAGGGGUGGAGGAUUUGAUGACCGCAGAGGGGGAUAUGAUGAUCGCAGGGGAGGAUAUGAUGAUCGUAGAGGGGGAUAUGAUGAUCGCAGGGGAGGAUAUGAUGAUCGCAGGGGAGGAUAUGAUGACCG